GAGAGAGAACUCGAGUCACAAAGCUAAAAAAAGCACCGAGAAAUCUAGUGGUGCAGCGACCGAGCGAACCCUCCCCUUCCUCCGCCUCCCAUUCCCAAAAUUUUCACCGCACGCCUCUCGCUCUCCUCGGCUAACCGCGACGACGACCCCCGAAGCUUCGCGAAGCUUCCUGGGCCUCCCCCCGCGGCCGCCCCUCCCUAGAUCGCCGCCUCUGGCAGCGGCGAGGCUGCAUCGCGAGGGCGGUGGAGGCUGGAGGAGCCGGGCCACGGGGUCGACGAAGGCGAGACUAGGGUUUGGGUUUGGUGUCCAGCUGCAUCGGUCGGCGCCCUGUGAGGGAGAAGGAUGCAUAUGAUGCGGCGGCUCAAGAGCAUCGCCUCCGGCCGCUCGUCCGUCUCCGAUCCGGGUGGUGACUCUGGCUCCAAAAGGCCAAAAUUUGAGCAGGAUGGAGCAGGGGAUAUUGUUAUUGAGCCACACUUAACUGAGGCCAAGCCUGUCCGGAUAGACCAAGAAUCAUCAUCAUCAUCUAAUAGGGAUGCUGAGGCAAGCACAUCUACUAGCAUGAAGCCUGUUAAAACUGAAGAACCAGUAGCAGAUCUUCUUCCCAAAGAAUUGAAUGAUAUGACAAUUAGUGACGAUAAAGCUGAUGACCAUAAUGAUAAGGAAGGUGAAGGUGUUACUCUUGAUGGGAAUGGAGCCGAGACAGGACAGAUAAUUGUGACAACAAUAGGAGGUCAUAAUGGGAAGCCAAAGCAGAAGGUCUCAUACAUGGCGGAACGGGUUGUUGGUACUGGUUCGUUUGGUAUAGUUUUCCAGGCAAAAUGCUUGGAAACUGGUGAGACGGUGGCGAUAAAAAAGGUGUUACAAGAUAAGCGCUACAAGAAUAGAGAGCUCCAGACUAUGCAGUUGCUUGACCACCCAAAUGUAGUUCAGCUGAAGCAUCACUUCUUUUCAACAACUCAAAGGGGAGAAGUUUACCUCAACCUAGUACUUGAAUUCGUAUCUGAGACAGUUUAUCGUGUUGCCAAAUACUACAACCGGAUGAACCAGCGUGUACCCAUAUUAUAUGUUAAGUUAUAUGCAUAUCAGAUGUGCCGUGCCCUUGCUUACAUCCAUCGUGUUGUCGGUGUGUGUCACCGUGAUAUUAAACCUCAAAAUCUACUGGUCAAUCCUCAUACACAUCAACUUAAGAUUUGCGAUUUUGGGAGCGCUAAAAAAUUGGUCCCUGGUGAGCCUAACAUAUCGUACAUUUGCUCGCGGUAUUAUAGGGCUCCUGAACUAAUAUUUGGAGCUACGGAGUAUACCACUGCAAUCGAUAUCUGGUCUGUUGGCUGUGUAGUGGCUGAGCUUCUGAUUGGUCAGCCUUUGUUUCCUGGUGAAAGUGGUGUUGAUCAACUGGUGGAAAUCAUAAAGAUUUUGGGUACUCCAACAAGAGAGGAAAUCAGGUGCAUGAAUCCAAAUUAUUCUGAAUUCAAGUUCCCUCAGAUAAAAGCCCAUCCAUGGCACAAGCUUUUUGGUAAGCGCAUGCCACCUGAAGCUGUUGAUCUCGUGUCAAGGCUACUUCAGUACUCACCAAACCUGCGCUGCACUGCUGUUGAUGCUUGUGCCCAUCCAUUCUUUGAUGAGCUGCGGGACCCCAAGGUCUGCUUGCCAAGUGGACGACCGCUGCCAGCGCUGUUCGACUUCACAGCAGCCGAACUCGAAGGGCUCCCAAUCGAGCUUGUCCAUCGGAUCGUUCCUGAACACAUGAGGAAGUGAACCGGUGGUGGACGUGCUGGAGAGAUCCCUGUUUCGUGAGGGCAUGCUAUGGAGGAGCGAUGUAGCUAGCGAACGCCUUGCUAGAUGUAAAGAGGGCUGAAAGUUCCUUGAUUGGGCGUGUCACCAAGGUGACCCUAGAGGGCAGGCAAACCUUACGUUUGCUUGUUGCCCAUGGUGGAAAUCGGCUUGUACCUUUCGCAAUCGCAUCUUGUGUAUCGACGAUGACUUAGGGGCUGCUGUUGUAUUGUCAGGUUCAUGCUGAACAAGAGAAUUCAGAGUGCUGUGCUGUGCUUGCUUCGUUAGCUGGAGAUCCCAGGAUGUCAGUUUUGAUC